GCAGCUUCUUCAGUGCUCUUGUAUCCCGGUAGCACAUCGCCGUCCUCUGUCUGGGCGCCCAGCGAGGAUCACCGCUCUGCGGAGUCCUUGCCGAUGAAAGUCGAAUCAACAAAAAAUAAUAAAAAUGUCAUUAUUGGACAUAGACUGCAACUGAAGAGCUGCAGGCUGGCGAUCGCUCCGGACCUGAAGCUGUGGAGAGAGAGAAGUCAGAAGAGAAACAAAGGAGCAGGAGAGGACGUGGAAAAACGUCGGGCCUCAUGUCUGCAUCUGCUCCUGCUGCUGCUCCAGCCAAUCGGAGGCCUGCUGCAGGCCCACACAGAUUCCACCCUCUGAAGAUGCAACGCAAACGCAGCUGGCAGCAAAUGCCGGUGUCUGUGUCCGUGCCGGUGUCAGACAAGAAGUCGACAGCCACCACAGCUCCAGUUGAUACUCCUGUGCCCGCUCAACCUGCGUUCGACUACUGCAAGUUCAUUGAGCUAGACUACGUCCCAAUGGAGACGGGUUACAUGGUCUCGAUGCGGCCAACAAAAGGCUAUGCGUCUUCAAAGACCCCCUCUAAAAGCUAUGCCUCCACCAAGUCACCAUCUAAAGGUCAUGGGUCCAGCAAGCCACCAUCUAAAGACUAUGAUUCCACCAAGUCGCCAUCUAAAGGCUAUGCAUCCAGGUCUCCAGAGCACCACAGUCAUUCGGAAAAAGCUCCCUCAACUCCCCGAAAGCGGCGGCCAUCAGCUCCGGCCAGUAAUAGAGAUCCGUUUGUCAAUGCCACCCACAGUAGCAGCAGUGGCUCAUGUAAGGGCAGUGACUGCAGCCCUACCAAGGGACGUCACCAGAAGUACACGUCAUGCACGGAUAACCAUGGACUCCGGCCUCCUCCCCCAGAGCAGUACCUCACCCCCCUACAACAGAAGGAGGUGUGUAUACGACACCUGCGGGCCAGGCUAAAAGAGACCAUCGACAGACUGCAGGACAGAGACACAGAGAUCGAUGAGCUUAGAGGCCAGCUGUCAAGAAUGCAGGAGGACUGGAUCGAGGAAGAGUGUCACAGGGUGGAGGCCCAGUUGGCCCUGAAAGACGCACGGCACGAGAUCCAGCAGCUCAAGGAUGUUGUUGAAACCGUUCACAAUAGCCUGAGUGAUGCCGGGGGGCUUAGUGGGGAUGAAGGGGUCCAGAAGUUCUUCAUGGAAAUUAAUGCCCAGAACCACAAGCUGGAGAACCUGCUGCUCAACAUGGAGAUAGCCCAGACUAGCAUGGCCAAGGAGGGUGAGGGUGUGCCUGUAUGCCGUGCCAGAGUCGGUGGUUCAGCCCCUGCUUCUGUAUCGGGGGAGAGUCCCGGAGCCAUUCCAAGACCUCCAUUUGGAGGAAGGGCAGUGUGUUCAUGUGAUGUGUCUCCUGCCAACUCGCUGAAACGGAGCUCCACAUACAACAAGCUGAGCGAACAAGUAUUUGCAGACCGAAGAAGAAAGGGAUCAGGGCUUCGUUGCAUGUCGGGGGAUGGCACUCAGGACAGUGACUUUGUGUGCUGCGGGGAAAGCAACAUCCCUAGCCGAGCUGACUUGCUGCUGGAGGCUGCCUUUCUGUCAGAGGAGACGGCCUCAUUGCUCAACUCUUACUCCCAGACCUUUCCCCAUUCCUUAACCCCAUCCCUUCCUGAAGGCUAUUCCCACACUCUGCCUCACACUUUACCCCACAACCUUGCCCACACCAUGCCCCACUCUUCCACCUAUGAGAAGCUGUGCACAGGGGACCGACUGUCCCCAUUCCAUCGUGCCCUGGACGGAGUGAGCAGUGUUAGCCACCCUUGCUUGUACCACCACCACCUCUACUUGCACCACCUGCGAGAGAUGGGCAUCCAGACAGAAAGCUGCCCUGUUCCCACCACAACUGGUAACCCUUCUGACCUGGACACCAUCACAGAGCAACGCACUUUCCACUCACAGGCCUGCAGUCCCACUUCCACCUGGAUGUCGGAUGAGGGUGAAGAAGAAAUGGACUCCAUUACCACAAUAACCGCAGCCAAUGAACCAAUCACUGUCUCCAAAACUCUUCUGCUUUCAGCCUUACCGCAGUCGUCCAUGAUGUCCUGCUCCAUUGAGAUUCCUCAUUACGGCAAGGGGGAAGUUGAAGGAGAGGCAAAACAGGAAAAUGACGAAAAAGAGAAGGAAACUUGUGUAUUAGAAAAACCAACAGAGUUUGUGGAGAGGUUUUCCCACGCUUCUGAGAAAGGAAUAGAUUUAGAACCAGAAAGGUUGGAUGAAAACACCUAUGUGCAAUCUCUGCAGGGAAACACCUACUCUGAAGAGAAGAAAUAUCUGGACGCGGUAGGGGGAGAUUUACCAAAAGUAGGGUGUGAGGGUAGUCUCGAAUUAGGAGGAUGCACUAGAGAAGUCCAGCCAGGAGAGAUUAGGGAGGGAAUCCCUAGUAGUUGUAGUGAGACACGGCUUGAGUUGGAGGAAUUAAAGGUAUGCCCACAGACAGAGGCAACACCGGACAAUCCAAGUAACCCAGGGAUGUCACCAGGUGUAGAAAUGCCUCAUACUUCCCAGCCAAAGAGAUGUACCACCCAAGAACAGAUAGUGGGCUUCACCAGAGAGAGGAGCCAUAUUGAAGACAGUGCAGAACUGGAUUCUGAAAAACAGGGAGCCAUAGGUGGUAAUGUAGAACCAGAACCUGCGGCAGACUCUGGUACAGUUCAGAAAAGCUACUGGAGCCGCCAUUUUCUUGUAGACCUCCUUGCGGUGGCUGUACCGAUGGUCCCGACGGUGGCGUGGCUCUGCCGUGGCCCUGUCCGCAAUGGACAGCCCAUGUAUCACAUCGGAUCCCUGCUGCGUGGAUGCUGCACUGUAGCCUUACACUCACUGCGCCGGGGGGGCGGCCUGAGACACUACCCUGCAGGCGGGGGGGACCUUGGGGGAACGCAAAUAUGAGAUAAGAGCACCUAAUAGCAUCUAAAAUACAAUAGGAACCCAGCUGUAGCAGGAUAAACUACCCUCCCAAAAAUAUAUCAUGUCUGAUUCAGCAAAUUACAGGAGUACAGGUAAUAAUGACUCACUUAGGUUAUCUGAAUGAAUCUUUGAUGUGAAAGGAAAAAUCACCCUGAACAUCGAAAAAUAUUAUAUAUUUUUGUUGUGGCUAGUUGAGUGACAUAAUAAUGAAUUAUUUUGAAGGGAAUCAAGCUAUGCCAUAAGUGAUCUUUUUCUCAGAUAAAUACUCUUAUUAGUUUCACCGUCUCUAAGUUUGGAACAGCUCAAGGCAUUAAUGCCAGGAAUGUUCUGAAAGAACUAAUAACCAGUUCUUAACUAAAGUUCCUAAAGUCUUAACUCAAAUGAAGUUUCUUCAGUUGUAAAGAGACAAGCAUAAAAAACAACCAGUUUGCAAUACAUUAUAUAGGAUUUAUUGAUUUCUAAUCUAUGAGAGUCUACCCAUUGUUAUGGCUUCAAGUUUUGGGAGGGAGAUUGUAAUGUUACCAAAUUACAGAUUGUAGUUGACACCAAUUAAAUGUUCCAAUUUGUGCCAUACACCAUGAAGCUUGAACGCAUUACUGAUACUGUUUCAACUCAAAUAGCAUUAUGUAUUGACAUUCAUAGAAGGCAAAAUGUAAACAUCUGUGCAGCUUUACCAGAUAGCACCAAUAGGUCUGUUUACCAAACAGAUGCUUGUCCAGUAGUGUGCUAGGUUAGUUUGAAAUGUUAAUCCACAACUGAAUGCAUUAAAACAUAGGAUUUAACCCCUAACCCUGUGCUGUAUAUUAACUGCAACCUUACUGCUGUUCUAGUGUCAUUUAUCUGUCACUGUGGAUGUGUCUUUUAAGCCAACUUUAUGAGAGUUAGUCAAAGUAAGUCACUGAAAUUAUAAAUUCAGCUCUUCAAUUUGGGAAAUGCUGUUUUUGUUCACGUUCAUAAUUGGAAACAGCGCACGUGUUGUUAGUGUACUAUUUGGUGGUUGUAAGCAAAUGCUUUUAUUGUAAAUAAUGGGUUGUGUUUGAUCUUAUGUGAAUGUGGGUAUAAGGAGUGUAAAUGCAGCUUUAUUAAAAUACAAAGAAUCUAUUGCAAUAUGAUAA